AUUUUUCUCAAUGCGAACUAUCAGACUCUCAGAAUGUUCCGUAUUGCUGCUAGCCAAAUCGCUAACAUUGCUCGUAGCUCCAUCAGCGUAACCAGCCGUGUUGGUGUUGUCCGUGCUGCCCAUCAUGAAAUUCCUGCCGAGGAAUUCGACAAACAGUAUGAAGAUUACUUCAGGCGUGCCGAUAUCGAUGGCUGGGAGGUGCGCAAGGGCAUGAACGAUUUGUUGGGUAUGGAUUUGGUUCCAACUCCCAAAAUUGUCGAUGCUGGCUUGAAGGCAUGCCGUAAGGUUAACGACAUUGCUUUGGCCAUCAGAUGGUUGGAAGGUGUCAAGGAUAAGUGCGGUGACAAGACCGAAGAAAUCUAUCCCUACAUCAUCAACCACGUUCGUCCGAUGGCUGAACAAAUAAGAGCACCUUUGAGGCCGCACAUCAUGAUAGCGAGAUAG